UCCUCCAAUGGAACAAAAACUAAAAGAGAGUAGCAGACAAAAGAGUAAAGAAGCUUUGCUAAUUGCCACAAUAAAGAAAAUGGCAGCCGUUGAACUCAUCUCUACAAGUAUUGUUCAAGCAACAAGUAGCAAGGAAUCAACCCAAAGGAUUGAGUUAAUGUCAAGUGAUCUUAAGUUCCUUUUAGUCGAAACCAUUCAAAAAGGACUUCUCUUCCACAAACCCAAACCACCAGAAGGCAAAAUAUCAGACAAAACCUUUCUCCAACACUUGAAGCACUCACUUUCUUUCACACUUAAUUUCUUCACUCCUCUUGCAGGCCGCCUAGCAACUGUCGAGCACGAUGACAACACUGUCUCUUUCUUUAUCGACUGCAACAAUUCUGGAGUCCAAUUUAUCCAUGCUGUUGCUGAUAAUAUUACCAUUUCUGACAUUCUUGAACCCAUCUAUGUCCCUUCUAUUGUUCACUCAUUUUUUCCACUAAACGGGAUGAAGAACUACCAUGGCAUCUCGAAACCUUUGGUUGCAGUUCAGGUUACAGAGUUAGAUGAUGGAAUAUUUAUAGGCUGCACCAUGAACCAUGUUGUUGCUGAUGGUACCACAUUUUGGAAUUUCAUCAAUUCUUGGUCUGAAAUAUCUCGUGGCUCAGAUCACAUCACCAAACCUCCUGUGUUUGAACACUGGUUUCGCAGCAAUAGCUAUAAUUGCCCUAUCCGCUUGCCUCUAUCAGUCAUCAAAACUAAUAAUAGUGAAGCCAUUCCAACACUGAAGCAAGAGAGAGUUUUCCAUUUCACAAAGGAAAAAAUUGCAUGGCUUAAAGAAAAAGCCAAAACUGAAUCUGGCUGUGAGAGAAUAUCCACUUUGCAAUCAAUCUUGGCUCAUCUUUGGCGAUCUGUAAUUCGAAAUGAGCAAAGUAUUGAUCCUGAUCAAGAAACUAAUUUUCAUUUUCAUAUUGGUAUUAGAACUAGGUUACAGCCUCCAAUACCAGAAGAAUAUUUUGGAACUGCAACUCAGACCGGGACAGUAACACUGAAAGCAAGAGAGUUAAUGGAAAAUGGACUUGGCUACGCAGCUCUACAGAUUAACAGGAUGAUUGCUGGUUACACAGAAGACAAGGUAAGGAACAAUUUAGAAUCAUGGGUAAAGAAUCCUAAGCUAUAUAAACAGGGUGGUUUUCCAGAGAAUGAUCUGAUAACAAGUAGUUCGCCAAGGUUUAACGUUUAUGGUAACGAUUUCAAUUGGGGAAGACCAAUUGCAGUGCGAAGCGGUCCUGGAAACAAGUAUUGCCGGAAGAUCACUUUAUUUCCAGAAGCUGAGGAAGGAAGUGUAGAUAUUGAAGUUAGCUUUUCUCCUGAAAUUUUGACGGCUAUGGGAAGUGAUCCUGAGUUCAUGGAUGCUGUGACUGUCUAAUUAUUCUAUUGUAGUGAGAAUAAUAUUUUCACUUUUUAAGUUUUAAAUAACCUUAUUUACGUCCAGUAUGGAUGAUAGUUCAUCGAUUCCACUGGAAUGAAUAAAGUUUUUAGUUAUUUUUGUAAUAAAUAUCAAGAACUUAAUUUGUGAUACGUUUUAACUUU